GUGACCAGUUCUGGGUAUCUUGCAUGUAAAGGAACUACAAAUUUUGUAUGUCCAUAACUAGUUCAUGUUACAGAACGUUCUUUGUCAUACAAAAUAUUUUUAUACCUAUUUCAUCAGUUAGAAGAUUUAGAAUCAACAGCUGAAGACGAUUAUGAAUUAGCUGUAAGGCUAAAAAAGUGCUAGAGUAUAAAAAACUUAUAACAGCUCACUAAGUUAAGCUACUUGUGGUCUUCUUUUAGUUUGCGAAAAAAAUCAAUCUGCAUUGCACGUUGGUCGGUCGUGGUCUUUUUUGGAGUUUAUUUUUGCUUGCAUCGUCUACGUCAUCUCUCAGUUCCGUUCUGAGGCACAUCGACGGCCACCACCACAUCAACAGUCACUACCUCGAACUACGCGGUGGCGCACAAAACUAGCUCUUUUUACGGAUCAGGAAUCAACAAGCCGACACCAACGAGAUGACGGAUACAGUGAAAGUCGAAAACAGCUGCACGACCGGCGUGGUCGUACCGACUACAACAGGCUCAGGUAGCCAAACGGGUGUGCCAGCGAAUGCGGCGGUUGUGGGGGCUCCUGAGAUUAAGGCUGCUCUUCUCUAGAGUACAGUUCAUCUCGCGAGUGUGAUGCGAAGGAUCCCUAACGACCUAACCUAGCCUCACCUUCGCGAGCAUGCCCUUCUAAAAGGAAAUGGAAGAUGAUAGCGGUUUACUUCAAUGUAUUAGAAGCUUUCAUUUGAAGUAAACCGAACAAGAUGACUGUACUUGCGCAGUGCCGUACGUCGGUAGGUAGCUGUUUCUUACUACUGAACAAGAAGACCACCGUUGUAGGUUGUCUCUAUGUUGUCUAGUAGGUCUAAUUUUAUGUUGUCUAGUAGGUCUAAUUUGAGUCCUGACGUGAAGGAGAAGUGCCACGACUCUCCUUGCACCGAGAACACAGUGGAUGACUCGCCGCUUGGCCAGCACGAAAUGCUUCACGGCUUGCGCGAGAAAGCUAUGCGUGAAGAGCGCACCAGUGGAUAUCAAGAACUACAGCAGUUGUUUCCGGAUCACCUGUACGGAUUAACUUUUUUGUCCCAUCCUUAUAGACGAAAAUGUUGAAACCCAGCACUUUUUUGGAGUGAAUAAAAAGAGUGCUGGAAAGAUGGUACUGCUAGCCGUGUCUUGGCCUCGGUCACGGUCACUAUCAGAACUAGCCUGGUCUCUUCGUGUCUUGGCCUCGGUCACGCCGACUAUCACAAGUAGUCUCUAGUACGGGUGCUACGGACUGGACAGCAGUUUCAGAGACGCACACAGGACAAUCUGACUAUCUUUAGCAUGCCUAUCUUCAGAGACUCUAGACAGCACUAUCAGAGUCUACCCAGAUGGACAAACCCCCUUCCAUCACUUAGAUGGAAAAGACCCCUUUCAUACCUUUUUCCCGGACACCUUGGCCUCUCCGAUGAACAGCGAGAACACCUCCAUUAUGAGAUUUUCUCACCUAGUACCUUGCAGAGACACGAUUUUAUCAUCGUACUCAGAAGUGAGAACUUAUAUUGCACCAAGUCGUACAUACAUCAAGAACUUAAUCCAACACCUGACCUAAAGACAUCUGUCUACUCGUAUGGACUACUUUCAUAUUAAUAACCGAACAUGGCAGUAGCACAUGCCUCACAUAGACUAUGGACUACUCAUCUUCAUACAUUUGAACAUUUUAUAGACUGUACUUUCAUACCUCCGAGGGAAAAGGUUUCGACGGGAGUGAGCGACUUGGAGGCAUUGGAGAAGCAGUUACAGAAGGCUCUGUACAGUGCUUCAGCAAAGAAGGAAAAGAAGAAUAAAGAAGGCAAGUCGACUAGAUUGGCUGUGGGGAACUUGAACUCCAGUGCUUCUGCUUUAUUCAAUUUAAGGCCCUAUCCCGAGCGAGGAAGUCUAUCUUUGUUCUCUAAGCAUCUUGGUUUCCGUCCCCUGUUUCGUUUGACGUGAGCCGUGAGGGGGACGAAAGGGUCACCAAGAUGAAUGCUAUCCUAACCGAGAAGAUGAAUCCUUUAGUGGACGAGGUCUAAUCUUCACUGCAAAUGUUGUGGAAGAACAAGGACAAAGCAAGGAGACAACUUCAGUGGAGAUGGAACAGCAGAAGGUGGAGGAUGCUUUGCGACAAACCGCGACGAGUGUCGCUGCAGCGAGCCAGGAUGUGGAGUACAACUCCAAUCUUGACGACACUUACACCUUGGGCGCCACUACUUAAGACUCCUCACUCCUGUACUUCUUUGAUUUCCACCACAGGACGAGGUCACUUUUCUCUGUCUUGUUCUUCGUUAUUUUGGAAGAAUCUAUCGUAAAUGAGGAUGAAAUGAUGAACCUCCGUAGGAAAUGUGAAUCAAUGGCAGUGCGAUACUGGAAUGUUUUGAGCUCCUCCUCUAAAUUACAUCGUUUCCGACUCUUGUGCAUCCUCCUACGCCCGCUACUAUCGAAGAAAUGCACGAAGGGCAAGGCUCGGUUUCUGCGACGAGCGACGGCUUGAGCAACAGAUUAAGGCUUGGCGUGAUUCAUUUCCAAAGGUCUUUCACCUCUACUCUUUCCGUCUCGGAAUUCAAAAGCAAUGAAAUAUGAUUAAGAAACUUCAGAAAUUGAUUGCCUGGACAAACAAGCAUUGACAGAGUAGCGAAGUCUUUAUCUCAACUACGAAUCAGGUGAACAUAUAUUUUUCAUGAUCAUCAAAUGCAUUGCUUCAAGCUCUAAACAACGAAGGUGGAUUGUUGGAAACCUCUGGCAGUGUGGUGUCCGACGAUUGCUGGCGGGCUUACCGGACCACGUCUCUGGGCCUUGCAGCGGCGGACUACGAUUAAGAUUUCCACCACAGAUCUACAUCUUUCUUCGCAAGCAUUCUGGGCCCUCCGUUUUGAAGGGGGGGAACAAGGUAGUUCCAGGAUACACCACUUUAAGACGGGAGACUUAUGCGAGGUCCUCUAAUACGAGCGUUUGACCCAGAUCUUUGAGGCUUCUCAGCAUUUGGCCCGCACUGUGUCGGCCUUGCCGACGACCACGCCGAAGCAUCAAACGAAUGCUGCUUUGUCGGAAGAGGAGCGCGCGGACUUGGCGAACAGCAACCAGCUGACAACGGCCACGGGAACAAGCUCGCCUUCUCCGACGACUCUGGAGGUGGGACAGCAACAUUUAAGGCUCAAUACAAGUGAUUUCCAAGGGUCAUCUUCUUCGGCUUUCUUCUUGGGAUCAUAUGAAGAAAGGAAGGCAAGAAAUGGAUCGUUUUGAGCUCUAAAGCACGGCCUGAACAGUAGUCCCGGAGGACAUCCGCUGGUGUCGUCCAGUAACUUGGUUUCGUCGUCGCGCUCUUGUUCGGUUUCACCGCAACUUGACCGAACUCUAUCGGGAUCGACUUCGACACGGCGCCCCAAGCAAACGCUCUCGCCUGCAGGCGUGCCGCUAGAAGACGAUCCAGAGAGUUUCCCGAGUUUGGACUUGCGCUCGAACUCUGCGACGCCUCAAUUAAGGCCUCUACUUUACCUUUUAUCACUAUCGUUCCAUAAUUUGGACAAACCACUAUGCUGACGAGUUGUGGAUUCCCCUUAGAGAUCAGGGGAAACCUAAGUGCAAAUCCCUCAGCUUGAUAGAGAUCAAAGAAGGCAAGUCUCUCGUCAGCCACGCAUAGUGGUACUCUAGUGCUAAGUCAAGAACAACUGGCAGAAGAGGCUGACGAAGACGUGGAGGAGGAGGCAAGUGGAGGCGCUGACUUCAGCACUGGAGGUCGCGCCGCAGCGGGCUCAGUAGGCCUUUCGACCAGCGAUUACGAGAGACUCAACAAAAUCAUGCUAGAGCCACCCUUCGUGCGCACGGCGAGCGUCGAUACUCCGAGUGCUCUGCGCGAACGAACUGCAAAUGCGAUUCACGAAGCCAUCAACGCCUCGAAUGCCGCGAGAGCAGCACAGAAUGCAGCGGAUGCGACGGGACGAAAGGCACUUAGACUCACAUAAACCAAAAGUUCUUGUGCUCUCACUACUGUGUUUGUCCUUUCCCACUUUCUUCCUCUACUUCUGAUUCGAAAUAGGUAUUGAAGUAUAAGUAUAUUUAGAGACCUUGUAAACAACAACUAUGAAGAACUACUCAAACCAAAAUGAAAUUUCAGGCUAGCCCAAUGGCAGGUGGUAAGCGUGCCUCUCCUCCUACGCCGCCUCAAGCUCGCGUGCCUGGAUCGUGGCCGCCAGUUCCUCUUCCGUUUGCCGACUCUGUUCCCUUUCCGUUCUUUGACCCUCUUGCGUUUUCGUCUCCUGGGGCUGCUUUGGCUGCCGCUGGACGUGCGGUAUUUCUUAUUGGAUAAUAUUCGUCUUGUGGCGUUCGAUUUCGAGCUUCUGCAUAUUUUUAUGUUCAAGGGUAGUUAUUGUGGAAGAGGUACAUGCUUUUACAACUUACUGCUGUCAUUGAAGUACUGCUCACUGCCAUUGAUUCUCUUCGUCAGAACCUUUCCGCUGCACCGAGCGAUCCAUUUGGGAACCCGUACCUGCCUGGUGCUUUUCCUGGCGCCAUGGAGGCAUGGGAAGCGUAUUGGGCUCUUGCGUCAGCCGGAUUGAAUAAGCAGCUUGAGGCAGCCUCGUACUUCUAUGGCGCGGGUGCUGGCGUGCUGCCGGACUUUGGCCAGAUGCCGCACUGGCCCCCGACUUGGCCGCCAUAUGACCCGGCCGCCAUGCAGUUGGCUGCAGGUAAUCAUUUCUAUUUGGGAUCAGACCUAGAAUAGUCUAGUUCUUCAAUCCUUACACUUUUGGAUGCAACACGACGAUGACUGAUUACUCAUCUUACGUUGCAGUUUCUUCUAGUUUAGAUGCUUCUGUCCUUGCUUCGUCUCUCUGACGAGAUUUGAACCAACAUCCUUUCUUUCAGAUGCCGCUUUGCAUCAAGGUGGCGGUGGCAUGGAUCCGUUCAAGAUGUUGGCGGGUAAAUCGCGCCAGCGCCGUGGUUCUAAGUGCUCCUUAGAUGGCGACCGACCGGAUGAGCGUGCACGUGCGAACACCAGAAUGUGCGCUGGGGGCAAAUCAGUGGCAGCAGGGCAGGCUCACAUGGAAGGCAGUGCGGCAGCAGCUAUGGCGCCCUCGGCUGGGGAGCACCACUUGACUUUAAGAGGAAUUUUGAUAGUAUUUAACUACAUUCCCCUUAUAUUCUCUUAUUUUCUCUUUGAGGUGUGCUGCAAAUCUUGAUUGGCUUUCACCUUUUAGGUGAAGGUUUAGGUCCCGCGACGCUCAAAGCACUAAGUAAAACAACCGGUUACUUAGUUUUCACCUCUAUAGAUUUAGGCUUAUCCCAUGCAGCAGCAUUUACUAGAACAACAGUACUUAGUUGUUCUAGAAACAAGGGAAGUGAACAACAAUCUUGCAUCUCAGUGUGUAGGACAAUGAAUUUCACCCGAGAGACAGCUCAUCUUCUAAUGAACAAUGCACCGGGCGUUAUUGGAUGUUCCGACCAGAACCAUCUGCUCAAUGCGCUUAAUGGUCCUGGGGCUAACGCUGGGGGUUCCGGAAUGCUACCCGGUGACAACACUACCACGCGUUCUUCGUCCAUGCACAACGUGAUGAACAACACCAGCAAUUCUAUUUAUGGUCGGCUUUUAUAUUUAUUCAUCUCGCUGAGCAUCUUGACACCCUUUUCCCCUGUCUUCCCAUGAAAUACAAGGGAAAAAGCAUCAAGAUGGGGGGACCGAGAUGAAUUCCAGCACACUCUAAUCUAGAUUGAAUAAUCACGCGACUUUGGCUGGUGCUGGAGGCGCGAAUGCGAUGAGUGCCAACUUACUCAACCUCCACAACAUGGCUAAGGGACAGCCGAGCAUGAAUAAAGGAGGAGUAGGUGUUGGCUCGCAGUCCCACCACCAGAACAACAACACGAGCAAUUUCGGGAACAUGAUGAAGAAUGUGGCUGCGGGGAACAAUGCCAGUACGACUGCUGCUGACCUUCACCGUGGUUCUAAUAUGAGUGCCAGUAAUAUGUUGAGCGACGGAAACAACAUGGCUGCGCUGGGUGCCCCGCCGGGCUUUCCGCAGAAAGGCCAACGCGGUGGGAAUAACCGUAUGGGUGGUGGAAAAGUGGGGUUCGGAAAUUCCAACAGUAUGCCGGUUGGAGGUGGCGCGAUGGGCGGCAACAAUGCUAAACAGAGUAUGAUGGGCCAAGGCGCUGGGGAUAACAAUCACUUAUGACAGGAGCAUGCGCUAAUUUAUACAUAGUGAAAAUUAUGAUGUAAUAGGAUUUGAUAUCCGUAGGAGCCUUCCUAAUACUCUUCAGUUCCUUAUUAAAAGCCCUAUAACAGGAUCAUGUGGAGGAAGAUGAAGAUCCAGUUCACGCUCUGGGUUUGAAACUUAUCGCUAACAAUCCGGAUAUACUUAUACCAGGUGUGGGCUGUCUGAACUGUUGGCACUAGACUUGCGCAUACUGAGGUCCUUUACUACUUAGAGAUGAUGACCUUCCAGUUUUUUUUACAAGUACAGCAUUGCUCAUCUUCUAAUUCACAUGUCUGGACACCAGCAGGGAGCUGGCGGACUUGGUGAUGGAGGUAUGGGAUUCUCUCAGUUUGAUUCUGGUCUGAACUGCGGGGAUGCCUCGAAUGCAGGUGGCUUUGGUGGAGGCCGAUCUGGUGGAAUGGAUGGGAGAAUGAACCCUCAGCAGAACAUCGCUGCAGCACAUCUUACGGCUUCCCCUAAUCCAUCUUCCGAGGCAUCUUAGCGACGUUUUCAAGGGGAAAGCAGUCUCAGGAUGGACUUGGAGAUGGAUUUGGGUGAGCUCUAAACAUCGAUCCAUGCGCAAGCGCCCUGACACGUCAGGAAAAUUUCUGUGCACCUACUUGCUCGGCGUAAAGCUCAGCGACCCCUUUGACGUCGCCAAACGCAUCAUCGGCCCGGACGGUAUGGAAGUUUUGAUUUCUAAUAUCUCUUGUUGUACUUGUUGACGAGUCCUCUUCUUAAUGAUAUUACGUCCCUCUUUUUAUUGUACUGACCACUCCUAGUAUCGAAGUCCCUUCCUGUUAUCGUCUCUUCAUAGCUAUGAUGCACCAGUACAUUUUGAUCCCAAGAACGUUUCCCUCUUGUUUUUCUACCCAGUAGUUUUUCUAGAAUAAAUAUGAAUCAAUGUACAUCACAGGUCACAACGUGAAGUACAUUUCGCACGUCGUGCAAGGAUGUAAAGUGCGUCUGCGUGGCGAGGGUUUCCAGAAUGAAGAGGACAACGCUCCGUGCCAGUUAAAUGUUUCUUAAGAUUCUUAACGAUUGAAAUUAUGUAAGUUAGUCCCAGAGUGGAGACGACAAUUAUUGACCACUCAGUUCCAAACAUGAGACAGGAGGUUAUCUUCUGAGCAUACAGGCGAAGUAGGAGGUUAUCUUCUCAGAUAUUGUAGGGCGCCUUGGAGGAUCGAUUUCUGAGUAAAACGUAGAUGAUAUUAAAGCUAGGAACCUUAUUCCGAGGAAAUGAAUUCAAUUUUGUUGGAGACUCUAAGUCUUGGUUCCCACGAAAGAGGGCUACAUCAUUGCCAAGCACCUCGUUCACACUCUUUUGGAGAAGAUCUUUCAAGAUUACUACGACUACACUGGCGGUAUUAUGUUCUUUCCUGUCUUCUUAAGCUUUUGUUUUUUAGAUGUUGAUCAUUCAUUUUGAUGUGGUAGCUAUUCAUCUUCAUCUACUUCACCCCAAGCGAAGACCCUGGUUUCAGCAGUUCUGUCUUCAAAUUCAUGAUAUUAAUAUUUCUUAGCUCAAAUGAUUAUCCAUCCUAUUAUUUGAUAAUAGUUAACAUCGUAGGUCUUGAUACUUCCGCUUCUACAUAAAUCAUACCUAGCUAAACAAACAGGUCGUUAUCGUCCGCGCGUGCAUUGCCAGGAGCAUCCUUUGAACGAUACAAUCCCCGCAGAAUGGGAGAGGGAAUUCAAGCGGGGUUCUCCGUGGUUCACGUCGUACGAAAAGCCGAAAUUUGUUAAGACAAAAGUACUUAUUCUAGCUCAUAACUAAUUUAUUACCCAACUUGGCGCAACUUUCAAGAAAGUGCCUGGAGAAGUACUGGUCUCCCUGCGUUCAUAUACUUGACGGAUAUGCGACAUGCGAAAGAAGUACUGGCUGGCAUUCGGUUCGAUGGAAAGAAGAGCAAGCCCAACAUCGCUGGCAGCAGUGGCCAAGCAGACGCCGGAACCGUCUGCAGUGUCCACAUGCAGAGCGCCUCUACUCAGGUGUCAAACACUGUCGCGGCCUCGUCGCAGGGUGGGAGCAACGGUUCUAACAACAACAACAACAUCAACAACGCUAACAUGUUGGUGCAGCACAACAAUGUUAAUGGAGGCAACGGUGGACUGCAAAUGGCUCAUUGCUCGACUGGUGUGAACAACAAUAAUGCCAACAAUCAGUUCAACAACAUCGGGGGUGCGGCAACUGGUGUUAAUGAUAAUGUGGGAGCAGGAGCUGGAGGUAACAUGGGAAAUGUGCAGAAUGUUGGUCCAGCGAACGGGAACAUGCCCUGCAAUAACUUUGGCUUCGCACCAAUGAACAGCCAGAACUUGAUGAACAAUCAGAACAAUCAGAUGAUGAACUGCAACAAUAACAACAUUAUGGCGCUGCAGAAGAUUUCUGAUGGAACGAUCUAGAUUAUCUAGGUUGAAUGGAUUUCUUUUCGCCUCUUAUAGGUACUAGGCACCGCGGUAAUAGAAAGAUCAUAAUCGAAGUUGAAGGACAGUGAUCCUAGUCCGUAGAAACUUCAGCAAUUGAAUUCUUCAUAAGUGACACUUACAAGUGUGAUGAGGAUACAAAUAGUAGUUCUUGCAAGUGGUCCAGAUCCCCAAUGUAGUUUACUCCGCCUACAACCUAUCGUUACACGCACCUACUGCUUUCAUUCUCCACAACAUGCAAGGACAGAUGAAUAUGGCGGGGAAACCGCACAACAUGAUGCAAGGGCAGAUGAACCCCGCAACCGGAAUGAUCACACUUCCAACAGGAGGCCAGAAGAACGGCAUGCCUUUUCCGAAUGUGAACCAAGGUUUAUGAAAUAACAAGGACUUAUAUGAAUAGACGAGUACGUACGAAAUAUGAAUAGACGUAAUAGAAUACGAAGCGUUUACGAGUUCUCCGAUUCGAAUCUUUGUUCAAGUCGUUGGUUCGGAAACUCUCAGGUAAGUCCCUAUCUGAUCUACUAUCAUCUAGGUCGUAGAUUCUUUUUGUAGAUCUACUGUAGAUUUUAUUCGUCUACCCGUUUUCCGGGUAGAUCUACGGCUAGUAGAUCUACAGGUAGUAGUAGGCACUUACCUACAGCAGAUUCUUUUUGUAGUAGUAUGUAGCAAGAUCUACUAUCAUCUAGAUUGGUGUCCAGUAGCGACGUUACAAGUUUUUGCAGUCCAGUUAUAGAUCUUCUUUCAUGUUGAACCAACGUCGUGAACGGAGGUGCAGAAGGCUGCCAUUUAUGCGGAGGCUGUGGUAACACGGGAUUCAAUCAAGGGCAGAAGAAUUGCAAGGGCCAUGGUAUGGGGCGAAACCAGAUGUACUAGGAUGCCGUUGGAGGUGAGUAUGGGGACGAGAAGAAAUGGAGAUUGAUGAAGUUGCAAGUAAAUGAAUACUUCUUUGAUCAUGUCCGUGCUUCACUCGUACCUUCUACAACAAGGUGUUGAGUGAGUGUAGCAAAGUUCUGUACCGCAAACUAGAGGUGAAAAGUGAAACUGUGGAAAAUAGAUGUCGUGUAUCAAAAUCACCUUAGAGUACAUGUCUAAUUGUAAAUCUCUUCACGUAUAAUUGCUGUCCAAUGUGAAGAAAGCAAAGCGAGGGUAUGACUUCUUACAUCACGACUAUAAUUCCUGUACAUUUCAUGUAUUUUCCGUUGCAUAGUAUGAAAAAUGAUGCGUAGAAAGAUAGUGGUGUAGUAACCGGCCAUAGAUGAAUGACUCUGGUAGAGCAGUCCAUACUAGCUAUGACAUAUAUUUAUCAUAGUUGUCGUUGCGAACAAAUGUCGAUGUGAGAUGAAUCCUAGUCUUCGUGUCAUAGAAGUAGAACGUCAACAUCAGCAAGGAAGUACUCGUCAGACUCUCCUGGGGACUACUGUGAGACGUGACCAACUUAUCAUUUAACAACACAGAACUCUCGACAGCACGACAUGUACAUGAUUGGGCUUCUUACUCAUAACAAGUACUUCUAGAGAUGAAACAAAGGGGGUGGCUGGUGAUCAUAGAUGGUACCUGCUAGAACGAAAAAUUACGACGACGACAGACACAUUGGGACGACCCAAGUACGUGACGAGCUAAGUACAUGACGGAGUACUCUUAGUCGCGGGACGGGCUGGCGGUGCUGCCUUACGAAAACAAAAACAUGAAAGCUAGUAACAAGCUGUGAUGUUGAGCAGAUGAUUUGGCUACUCGACAGUAAGAAAAUAGCUCGUCCGCUGAAUAAUGAUACUACUAGUUGUCAACGAUAAUACCUUGUGAUUUUUUAGAAGCCAGUAAGCAACCUAAUACAUAAUGCAAAAGAUGAACAAGCCAUACGCUAGGACGACGAGAAACGAGUUAAGCAUACACUGAAUCGACAUGAUGAUUGCUGAGGUACACACACACAAAAGUCUGAUGUCAGGGUAACUAGAAACGGCAUGUUGUUGCAUAGAGGAAUGGAUAAAAAGAUCAUAGCUUAAAGAUAAAAACUAGGUUGUCAAUGUUAUCAAGAUGUUCUUGUUGUGGUCGACAUAAAAUAACUACAUCUAGUCGUGUGUGUCUGUGCUCGUAUUUUGUCAACAAAUUCUGCGAAAACUGAUCAAAGUAUCUGCUCAUAUCUGACGUCUGUGCAAAAAUUUUAGAAUCUUCUCACAAUCUUUUUUUCAAAUUCAACGCAGUGCGCCAAAAGAUCAUGUUAGACUAAUUUUCUUAAACCACAUAAGUUCCUCUUGUACUAAAAAAACAACCGACUGUGAAAACCACAUACAAGAAUAUAAUGGUAGCUAGAAAAACUUCAUUUUCAUUCGUCCGAACAUAGAUUUGUCGGAUACGAAUUCAAGGUGUUGCACUUCUGUUGCCUAAGAAAAUAAAGCAGAAACUAUAUUGUUGUUGCGUGGAUGAUAGAUGAGGUCUGCCUAUCUUCCUUAUGCUUACUCUUCAUUGUCGUUUUUGGCCACUCAGCUGACACGGAUUGUUGUCGAGGCACAGGUCAGCAGCUUAAAUCAUGGAUGUGUAUGUAUCUCAAUCUCAGGUGAGGAAGAACCACGAACUAGGCCUUUUUAAUUAGAUAGGGAUGAUGGAAACGACUGCUGCACUUCUAGAGCCACUAAUUAUAAAAUCAAGGAAGAAAUAUAGAGGUAAAAGAAAAGUAGGGAAUAGUUGGGACAUCGGCUGAAUAACAAAGACAUGCUCAAACACGAAGAUUGUUCAUUCGACGAAGGAAGCAUUAUUAAGGGUUACCACAUUGCAUUCUUCACAGCCAUCCUUGACUGUUUUCCAGGAGGAAAGGGGCCGGGGAUGAUCUGAAGAAUGCCAUGUCGCAACCUCUAACAUGAAGAUAGCAGGCACCAUGCUGCUAUUCUCCAUAAGAUUGACCACGAUGACCAGUGUGCAUGCAGAUUUGACCAGUGUGUAUGUAUUUAGAUCCAGUUCGUAUUUGUUCUAUAACUCAAAAUUUUUAGUGCGUCCUUUUCCGUCUUCCGUUGUUUUAAUAAAUACAGAUAGACUUCUUAUAAUCGAAUGAUGAAACACACAUAGAUGUUGGCGUGGUUUUCAAUGGUCGUCUCAAAUUGAAGGACUGGUGAACACAGAGGACACGGAUGUAGAUGGUUAUUAACACUAGAUAUUUAUUUUUUGACCCAAACUUUGAUUUUCCAAAAUUUGGAUCUCAGUCUAUUCUUUUUUAGGAGGGACUUUCAUACUGCCUGCGGAAAGAUUCUUUCCAGAAAUAACUCGACUCAAUUAUGAUUAAUUCUAUACUCGUUACUAGGCAUUGAGGACAGGAAUGACACUGAUUGAGUGGGACGACACUGAUAGAUUCAGGACGACAUUGAUUGAGGAGGAUAUUAACAACAUUGAUUGAGGAUCAAAAUUGUAGAAGAUGGUUCUUCCACAUCGAUUACUACCGAUUUUUAUGACUUAGAAGAACGAGUUGUACAGGACAAAAAGUAACUGAUUAAUACUAAGGUACUGCCUGGGCUCGGAAAGAUCACGGUGAAGGUGAGAAGGUUUUACUACGUCAAGAACAUCAAGGCGUACGCAGUUGCUGCUUGUGCGUCCUCUGAGUUUGUUGUUAUUCUUGGCUUUCUUAGAUGUAUCUUUUUUGCUCUUUGACAGCAAAGUCACACACACAUACAGAUGAGGACGUGCUGGAAUGCAGAUUGCUCACAUUGCAGGAACGAGAAUAUAGUACCAAAUUCUCGAUGUAAGACAACCUGUACAACGACGACUUACUCUUGCUUCAUCUGUUGAUGUAGAUGUAUAAUCUUCAUAAGUCCUUCUAAUUCUUCUUGGCGACUUGCCGC